AUGUCGUACUACUGUUUCGAAACUGCAAAGAAUCAUCGACUUGUAAGUCCUUACUCUCAGUAUGGUAGACCUCCUUAUCAAUUAUCAAGAUCCGAAAUUGUUGAACGAAUAAUUGCUGAAACGAUCGAUGAUGCUACUCUUACAAAAAUAAAAAAACAUACUACUCUUCCUUUACCUGAACUUAUUACUCCAAGUGUAAAUGUUCGAACUGUUAAAAAUCCAAGACCUCAAAAUAGUUUUGUAAUUUAUCGAAGAAAUGUUCAAGCUGAAAUAGCUAAAGAAAAAGGUGCUACAGCUGCUGGUAGAUUGGAUUAUGUUUCUAAAUUUGCUGCUACUAAAUGGAAACAAGAAUCUCAAGAAGUUAAAGAACUUUACGGUUUUCUCGCUAUAUGCGCAAAGAAAGUUCAUGAUUUCAUGUAUCCUGGUUAUGUUUAUCAACCUAAAAGACAAGCUACCACCAAUGAACCUAUGAUAAUGGUGCAUGAACCUGGUAUAAAUGGUAGUUGUAAAUUAAGACAACAAACUGUACCAACUCCUCCUGAAACUCCUUUAUCAUCUCCUCCGACGAGGUUAUCAAAUCAAUAUAAUUCUCCUCCAUUGUAUCAACCUCAACAACCUUUACCACCACCUCCUCCUCCGCUUUCUUCUGCUGCUUCGAUCGAUCAUUUUCAACCUUAUGGUUCACCUUAUGGUUCUUUUGGUGCUUUUCCUCCACUUCAUCAUUUAUCUACUGUUCCCCCAUCAACACUUCCUCCUCCUUCAACACUUGAUAUAAACAUAUCUUCAAAUAUCAUGUCAAAUUAUGAUCGAAGAAUAAGUAAAGAAAUUGACUUGGCUGUAAGAUUGUAG